AAGAAAAAACUGCUUGAUUCUUUUCCGGAUCAACCUUGUGUACGGCGUGCUGGGUCAAGUUGAUCGUGUGAAGAAAAUAAAUACAUUUGCAAUCCCCUUGUAUUUAAUUCAUCGCACUGAUUCUGACUUCCACUCAAUCUGUAAUAUAAUUUAUCUCGUUAUAGUUCGUCCUUUCUUUUGCGUGAAACUGGUAUUUUGGUGGACGCAUCGUCUCGCAGUGUGGGGAAACCAUAGCGCGGGAGAUAAUGUCACGUCCGCGAUCGAGAUCUCCUGUAUAUUCAAGAAUUCCAACCCUUCAUGGGAGGAGAGCAGACAGAUUCUUUGAUGGCCAGAUACGUUCAUCAGUACAGUCUGAUGCAUGGAGAAACACAGAAUAUGACAACAAAGUAGAAAGUAACACUCACUGGAACAGAGAUCCCAAUCAAGGAGAGCAACAUGUUGACCACUGGGCCAAAUUUAUUGAUGCGAUAGAGCAUGCUCAAAAGAAGGGGGCUUCACCUACGUCCAGCUAUCAGGUGCAGGGUGAUAAUGAAAGACCGCCCCAUUCUCCAAGGAGGCUGCCUAGGGAGAGGUUACCUUCCCCUGAUCAUGCACGUUUUGAUAUGGAAGAGCAUUACAGGAUGCCAUCACCAGUCUGGAACCGAAAUGAAGGCCUUGAUAAAAAUAUAGGCAGGCAGGAGCAUAGUUCACAAAAGAACCACAAAGAAUCAAGAGACAGGUCUUAUCCAAGACAUUCAGAAGGAAGAAGACAUGACAGGAUGGAAUAUGAAUUUCAUAAUGAAGAACAUGGCGAUAAAUAUCAUAAAAGAGGCUCCUUUUCUGAGAGGUCAACAAAGUCAGAUUAUAUUGAGCAUCAUCCAUCUAAAGGAUUUACAGAUUUUGGUCUGCAGGAUGAGUACAGCGAACAUCACAGGGGUUUUAGCUCGCAUCGCGCACCUGUCAUUGUGGAACAUGAUCACGGAAUUUCAAAACAAGACUCAAGGAGUAGAGAUCACCCAAGAACAAGUGGCCGUCCAAGGAGCAGAGAUCCACCUAGAAGACGUGAGACCUCAAGGAACCGGGAACCUCAUCGAGAUAGAAGAGACCAAGGUUAUCAUACACGUACCUUACAAGGUAGGCACAGCGGACCACCAAACAGUGACAUCCGAGAGGAUUUAAGGAAGCAAUACUCUUCUUAUGGAAAAGAAAGUAAAGUAAGAGACAGAGCAAGACACUCGGAUCGAGCUAGAAUGGAGUCACAUUCAAGAGACCCAGAAGGACAAAGGGAAAUGGAGUUUAACGAUAUGAAUGAUAUCGAUUUGAGAACAGACAGGAGUGACAAAGAAAGAGACUCUGUCCGUGAAUGGGGGAAGGAGAGAUCUUCUCAAGAGAAUCAUGGGAGGUUGAUGAUGGGAAAACAUGAGGUUCGUCUAAGACCUCAAUACCAAAGGAAUCUAAACACCAGCACUGGUCCUGUGCCGAGAAUGGAUUUCAGUGAACAGGAGACCCUCAAGAUCAAAGUGGACAUGAGUCGCCCCAUCGGGCAAAGCAGUCAUUUAGGAUAUUCUUCAGAUAGGCAGUUAUCACUGGACUUGGUCAAUGUGGGUCGACAGCGCCUUGACUUCCUGCCUUUGCUGGAGCAUUCUGGAACCUAUAGAGAAUCGGCGGUACAUUCUGGGACAUUUGCCCAAGAAAUCAUCACUCUUGUGCAUCAAGUCAAAGAAAAUUGCUUUAAGGGUCAAGGGAUCACACUUAACGAUCGGUUCUCAAAUGAACAGUAUUAUUCACUUCAGGAUGAGUUUAAGGAAGAGGAAGAAGAAAAGGGAUGUCUGGGACCAGUCCUGAAAAGACCACUUGGAAUGCCUUCAUCUGAAACUCAGAUCUUCUGCAAGAUAGGGCCAGAACGGCUGCAUAGUCGACAGCUUGUCCCUGACCCUGGUGACCUCAGGUAUGACCUGGAGCGAAGAAGACAGCAGCGACUGGAAGGUGUGAAGAUCACCAUUGCUGGGGGCAACUUUACUCAAAUGGCACCUGAGAGUCAAGAGAGUGAGCCUCUCUACAUGAGUGAGGAUCCAGAGGAGUUGGAAGGGAACUUUGGCUGGUCUGAACAGGCACCUGAACGGCCAAGGCAAUGGAAUGGUCCUCGUCAAAGAAUGGCUGCACCAAACAGACAGAACUUCAAUCCGAGGGAAAAUUCCAAUCGCAACAGCAGACCACAUGGAAGGAGGACUUGAAACAGUGGUGGCACUUCAUGAAAAAAAAUUGACAUUUCAAAUCUGAGGUCGCUUAAAGCACAUUGUUCUUUUGCUGUUUCUGUUUUGUUGGUGGUUUAGUUAAAACCACAAAGAACUUGACUAGUUUUCUGUACCAUUUGUACACAUUGACUUUUUCUGCACCUUCACCGAGACAACACUAACGGUGAUUUUCCAGAUAUCUUUUUCAUCUGUUUUUGACACCCCCACUACCGUUGUUUGAUUUUAAACAAGUUGUCAAUUUAGUAUACAUUGUAUUCUCUUAGGAUCAAAAGGAACAAAAUAGGAAAUGUCAUACGGGAGGUCAUGGAGAUUAAUGAUCACCUGUUAUCCGUAAAGACCUAAGCCUCAAGUAUACUUCAUUUUUUGUUUUUUUGCGUGCUGCUACAUCCCUGACAUCAUCAGCAUAGUCCACGUGCUGUGUCUGCAUCUGUGCAUGUGUGUGGAGUUCACUGUACUAUAUAGUAUCGCAAAGCAAUUGUAGUGCACAUUCGUUGAACGCAUCCGAACAGGCUCUCUGUCAAAAAUAUACAAGAGUGCUCGACUGCACGCCGACGGAAUGGCGGAUGUAAAAAAAAAUUACUAAAAAAAGAACAAAAACAUACUCUAACCUUAAUACUUCUACCCUGCAGUCAACCUGGAACAUUGAUCUUACAACUUCUUGAUUUUACACUUGGUUUUCAGUUGAACUAGUUGAGAAAUAAUUUUUUCUUUAUUAUCCUAUGGAUUCAACUGUUACAGUUGAAAUAUUUUCAGUGCUUUGCCCUCUUAUUUUGUCUGGCUUAUCACCUGAUAUUUAGAAAAAAUGUAUUUGUUUGUAGAGAUGUAUCCUUGCUGUACUUUACAUAUUCAAUUUCAUAGCAGUAUGCAACACAGUCAGUUUUGCUUUUAUACUAAAAUGCAGACUUUUUGUUGUACCUACAUAUGACACAAAAUAAAUGCAUAUUCUCUGAAUUCCUCUGUGUAAACUCCGAUAUUAGAAUUUCUUCUGUAAAUAAAAUGUAUUUGUG